AUGCCUGCACUCCAAAUCAGGCACGGCGAUAAAUUCAACCCCCAGAACUACGCUCUGCACAUCUCUCCGUACCUUUCACCGCAGAAACAAACUUUGGCUCUUCUCGACCAGCAGAUGAAUAUCGCAGAUGUCAUCGCAGCUGUAUUCCAGGUGCACACUGCUGCCCUGACGAGUCUGAAUGGAAAGACACAAGCCUGA